UUGAAGAGUAUUUAGUUACCUCAAAUUAUGAUGAAGAAGUUAUAAAAAUAGAACCUGAAAGUGAUAAGAAUAUUAUAUUAGACUAUUCAACUUCUAAUAUUGAAAGCAAUGAAGAAGAAAUAUUCAAAGAUAUUGGAAAUCAUAAUAAAAGAUUUAGUUAA